UCUUUAAACCCAGCAGAAAUAACAUUCAAUUCACACACAUGAAAGUCCGGCCAAACCUCACUUUUAUUGAAUGGUAAAUAUUGUGCUACAGUGUGAACGAAGUAAAAUUUGAAUUUCCCGAAAAUGGAUGGGGUAACUCUCUACGCAACAUUUUUACAUCUUCAUCGUCCUCAGCUUGUGGCCUCCGGUAUACCGGAACACUACUGGGAAGUACUUCACAGGAAAUUGUGUCAACAAAUAUUUGACGCAAGCGAAGCACUCUCUCUGAUGAUUAUUGAAUACGAUAACAGAACCGAGGAAGACCCCAUUACCACUGUUGUUGUACACAAAGAGGACGGUGUUCGGAAAGACGAUCCUCAACACAUCUACAUUGUCGACCAUGCCUGGACCUUUCGAUUGGAUACGGUUCGAUCUCAAUUGCGUCAAAUUCCUGGCCUGCUGGUUAGAAUGGCGAAUAUAAUGGGCGUUGAUAAUGAUCAACCGGAAGAUGAUUGCAUUGAACAAGUUUCCGAGAAGAUGUGGAAAUAUUGUCAAAUGUACUCGAUCGGUGCGGAUGGCCUUAAUAUUGAGUCACAGAUGCCGAUUUGGUAUAUCCCCGAUGAGCUUGGAUGUGGCGUUAAUCAUAGUGAUACGCCAAAUUUUCGACUGGUGCCGUUCAUGUUUAUGCCCGAACAAAUAACUUACAGCGUACUCUUUCCAAUAGAAGAUUGCGAAGAAGGAACAAUCGUAACGCGUGACUACGUAGAAGGAAACCAUCCCAGUGCUGAUGUUAAGAAAGCCCUGAUGCUUCCAUGGAAGAAUUCUUCGUUUACUCAUAUCAGUUUCCAGCAGAAGGAACCGUCAGAAGAAUAUUUUCUGGAUGGGCACAUUGAAGAAAGUCUACCAGCCGAGGUGUCUCCGCCAGUCGUUGACCCUUCCCGGCCAUUGAAAGUUUUUACGACCUACAUUUACAUACGACAAUAUCUGAACGAUCCGUUGUUCGAGCUGGUGGACGAUGAAAAUGAUGCAGACAUCCUCUGGCUGACGACGCAUUUUAAAACAUUCAAUGAACUGAGUACUGCCACUCCGAAUCGUUUCAUCAACCAGUUUCCAUUUGAGAAUGUUUUAACGAUCAAGGACUUGCUUGCUGCUGUCUGUCGAAGAGUUCAAGUCGACCAACGUGCCAAUGAAUCGCAAGAAUCAUUAAAAACGUUUCCGAAUUGGCUUCCAACUACAUUCAACCUCAAAACUGAGCUUCUGGAAUUUGUCUCGUAUUUCCAGCGAAGAGCAGAAAAGGGGCUAGACAACCAUUGGAUAGUCAAACCGUGGAAUUUGGCUAGAGGCCUGGAUACGCACAUCACAGACAAUGUUGGAAAAAUUAUGAGACUACAACCGACGGGACCGAAAAUCGCCCAGAAGUAUAUCGAGAAUCCGGUACUGUUUGAUAGGCCCGAAGUUGGCGGUAAAGUGAAAUUCGACGUUCGUUAUGUAAUACUGUUGAGCAGUGUCGAUCCACUGGACGCUUACAUUUACCGAAACUUCUUUCUACGGUUUGCUAACAAACCAUUCGCACUGAAUCGAUUCGACGAUUACCAGCAACAUUUUACUGUCAUGAAUUACAACGAGCAAGUCCAAUUGCGACACAUACCGUGCAAGGAAUUUUUGGAAAUGUGGAAUGUUCAGUAUCCCGAUUCUAGUUGGAUGGAAAUCGAAAAUGGCAUUUGUGACAUGCUGAAGGAAGUGCUGAUUGCAGCAACAAUGAAGAAGCCUCCGUCGGGCAUCGGUAAAUGUAAACAGGGUCGCGCACUUUAUGCUGCAGACAUAAUGUUGGAAUGGGAGAAUGGAAAGAUGGCGCCGAAGUUGUUGGAAAUUAAUUGGACUCCGGACUGUAAACGAGCAUGCGAAUAUUAUCCCGACUUCUACAAUAAUAUCUUCAAGUUGCUGUUCCUCAACCAAAUGAAUGACAGUGCUUUCCGGAAAAUCACAUUGUAGGCCUUACAUUCGAGUUUGCGAAUGGUUAAAUGGUUGACAUUGUUUGCGUUUGCCCCAAUAAAUUUUUUUUAA